AUGGCAGCUUCAUCCACCGCCAAGCUGCCGCCACUCGGCGUGGAUGAGUCACCUCAGCCGUACUCCUGCGAGAUAUGCCAGGACAGGCUGCUAUUCGCAUGGCACUAUGUCGACAAUGUUGACCAAGGGUGGUGGGAAGAGAUAUCGGACCACAACUACUAUGCCACCGGCAGGGCCUACACAUUCAACAUCUCCUACGGCGAGGCGCUUGAGUUGGCCCAGGCUGGUUGCAAGCUGCUUGCGUGGCUCGUGACGCUGCACCGUCCGGACACCUGGGACGAGAGUUGGCUUCGUGCGUACUACACGAGCCCGCCUGAGAUCCACAUGGUUCUUGACUGGGUCAAUGACCUUGAUGAUCAUGUUGACGGUGGAGAUCCUUCUCGUCAGGUUGUUGUGUGUGCGGAAGAAGGAGCUGCAUCGAAGCAGAAGCUGCAAGAGCCAAGCUCGAUGCUGGAUUCAACAUCCGGUCAGGGCCUCGUCGCUUGCUAUCAUUAUCUGGAGUAG